GGGUGCCUGGGUGGGGUUUAGGUUUAGGAGAGGAUGUGACUGCAAGGCCAGGAAGCUACAGGGAAAGUUCUGAUCAAAAUACACAAAGACACAAGCCAGGUCCCCACCAUGCUUGGUGAUGCAUCCAGAGCAGCCUCGGUGCUGUGGACACUCCCUGGGGCCCAGUGAAGGGGAGAGUUUGCUCCCAAAGGCACAUCAAUGACCAACAUUUGCCCCCCGGAGGAAAGAACUGGAACCAGCCUCUGACCUGUCCAGGUGCCCUGUCCAGCUGACUGCAAAGACAGAGAGGAGUCCUGCCCAGCUCUUGGAUCAGUCUGCUUGGCCAAGGAGCCCAGUGGAGCCGGGGGUGACCCUGGAGCCCAGCCUGCCCCGAGGAGGCCCUGGCUCAGAGCCAUGCCAGGUGUCUGUGAUAGGGCCCCUGACUUCCUCUCCCCGUCUGAAGACCAGGUGCUGAGGCCUGCCUUGGGCAGCUCAGUGGCUCUGAACUGCACGGCUUGGGUAGUCUCUGGGCCCCACUGCUCCCUGCCUUCAGUCCAGUGGCUGAAAGACGGGCUUCCAUUGGGAAAUGGGGGCCACUACAGCCUCCACGAGUACUCCUGGGUCAAGGCCAACCUGUCAGAGGUGCUUGUGUCCAGUGUCCUGGGGGUCAACGUGACCAGCGCUGAGGUCUAUGGAGCCUUCACCUGCUCCAUCCAGAAUGUCAGCUCCUCCUCCUUCACUCUUCAGAGAGCUGGCCCUACAAGCCACGUGGCUGCGGUGCUGGCCUCCCUCCUGGUCCUGCUGGCCCUGCUGCUGGCCGCCCUGCUCUAUGUCAAGUGCCGUCUCAACGUGCUGCUCUGGUACCAGGACGCGUAUGGGGAGGUGGAGAUGAACGACGGGAAGCUCUACGACGCCUACGUGUCCUACAGCGACUGCCCCGAGGACCGCAAGUUCGUGAACUUCAUCCUGAAGCCGCAGCUGGAGCGGCGUCGGGGCCACAAGCUUUUCCUGGACGACCGCGACCUCCUGCCGCGCGCUGAGCCCUCCGCCGACCUCUUGGUGAAUCUGAGCCGCUGCCGACGCCUCAUCGUGGUGCUUUCGGACGCCUUCCUGAGCCGGGCCUGGUGCAGCCACAGCUUCCGGGAGGGCCUGUGCCGGCUGCUGGAGCUCACCCGCAGGCCCAUCUUCAUCACCUUCGAGGGCCAGAGGCGCGACCCCGCGCACCCGGCGCUCCGCCUGCUACGCCAGCACCGCCACCUGGUGACCUUGCUGCUCUGGAGGCCCGGCUCCGUGACUCCUUCCUCCGAUUUUUGGAAAGAACUGCAGCUGGCGCUGCCGCGGAAGGUGCAGUACAGGCCGGUGGAAGGAGACCCCCAGACGCAGCUGCAGGACGACAAGGACCCCAUGCUGAUUCUUCGAGGCCGAGUCCCGGAGAGCCGGGCCCUGGACUCAGAGGUGGACCCGGACCCUGAGGGCGACCUGGGUGUCCGGGGGCCUGUCUUUGGAGAGCCAUCAGCUCCACCGCACACGAGUGGGGUCUCGCUGGGAGAGAGCCGGAGCAGCGAAGUGGACGUCUCGGAUCUCGGCUCGCGAAACUACAGUGCCCGCACAGACUUCUAUUGCCUGGUGUCCAAGGAUGAUGUGUAGCUCCCACCCCAGAGUGCAGGAUCAUAGGGAUAGCGGGGGCCAGGGCAGGGGCGUCGCUCCUCUGCUCAACAGGACCACAACCCCUGCCAGCAGCCCUGGGACCCUGCCAGCAGCCUUGGGAAAAGGCUGUGGCCUCAGGGCGCCUCCCAGUGCCAGAUAAUAAAGUCCUUUUGGAUUCUG